UUUCAGUUCAUUCAUUCUCAUUCAUUCAAACCCACAACAACAACUACACUCACAAACACCUAUUUUCUACAGACUCUCUCUUAGUUCUUGAUUCAACAAGUCCCCCAAUUUUUUUUUUGUUUCUCUGAGAAUCAAAGAAAAAAACCCUAGCGAAAACGAAAACGACGCCGUUGUUGGAUAUGAUAGUGGCGCAACCCUCUUCUUCGUCUCCGAGCUCUCGUGAUGUACAUCGCGUCUCGGAUUCUAUGUUCGCCGAUAUCUCUCGCUUCGAACCGGCAAUUGUCACUCGAGCCCUUGGAGAUUGGGACUGCAACCGCUUUCGCAACCGCUUGCGCAACCGCGGUGUCGCCCUCUCCGUCAACGAAGUCAGAAAAGUCGCCAAAACCCUCCGACCCAACUCCUCCGCCAGAAGGCAGAUCCAAUCCUGGGGGCCAACCUCCCCAAAAAUCCCAGAGCCCCACAAGUCCAAGAAACCGCUCCCCCAGCCCACUAAGCUACCCGAAAAGUAUGAGAUUCUUGCUCAGUUUUUUGAUAGCUUGGAUAGUUCUAUUCGGUUGUUGCGGUUGAAGGGUUCCUCAUCCUCUUUUACCAAUAUUUGCCCCAAAAUUGAGUGUUUAACUGACAGGAGGUUUACACACAGGCACUUGGCUCAAUUGAAGUUUAUUCUGCGCAAUGCAAUUGAGAUAAAGAGGGUACUUGUGUUCAAUGAGCGGACGAGCUGUAUGAAGCCGGAUCUCCAUGUUUCCAUCAACGUUGAUGCAGUGGAAAAUGAUGGGAAGUUGAAAUCUGAAAGUGGGAAUAUGCAUUUGAGGAAGGUGUUACGAUCGCGGCUUGCGGAUUUUUCAAAAUCCUGUCCUGAGGUGGAUGAAAUUCCAGAGGAACUGUUGCCUGAACCAUUCAAUCGUAAAAUGCUAGACGUCCAUUCGAACAUGAAAACACCCAGCUCAUCAUUUCCUAUUAAGACAUCAACUGUUGCACUAACAGCUCUGCAAUCAGCAGUAUCAGAAACCUGCAUUCGGGAUGAUGAAAUUGCAGAAGGAACAGAACAAGAUCUGAAUUCAAACAUAAACAAUUCUCCCAACAUGUCAUUUCCCCUCGGGACAUCAAUCGAAGCACAUAGAAAACAGCAACCAGCGGUAGCAUCACAUCUCUCUCAAUCUUUCCGCAAGCGCUUUUCACUGAAAGUCAUCAGCGCUGUUUGACUUCAAACUGAUAUUGUUGUAACUGAUGUGAUCAUUAACAUGAGGCUUACAAAAAUGUUAGAGACAUUAUAAAAUUUACAAUAUGAGAAUUACAAAGAUAUAUUUUUUUUUGUAAAUAUAUUA